AUGGCGGAACAAGAUACAGGAGAACGGAAACCCGGCGCCAGGAUCCUCCACGAACGUGACAGUGACGUUCGCAAGGGGACGGCAGCAAAGGGGGCACGUAACCUGGAGCCCGAUCGCUACGGGCCGGGCCGGCCUCUGGGCAGCAAGUGGGCAGUGCGGGCGGGCGACACCUCGUGCCCUGGAGGAGAGCCGGAGGGCACGGAGGGGAGGACACUGCGCUUGGCGAGGCGGGAACUGACGGACCUCAACGCUCUACGCCAAGGGUUCACCCCGGAGAACCCCGGGCGCUCCUGCACCAGGAGCCAGAAAACAGGAAAGGCUAAGAGCUCGGCCGGUGACAGCAAAGCACGGUGCACACCGUUCACGCGCCUGAUGGUCCCGGACACGAGCGCGUUAUACCGGGAAGAAAUGACAGGAACGGAGCGCUUCGCCCCCCCCCCAAGUGCGGACCGCAGGCCUGCGGUCACUAACCGCCUCCCCCCGCCGGUCCGGACGACCCCCCGGAGGUGUCACACGACCAGCACACCACGACUCUGCCGGCCCCCGCACGCCCCCGACCCGCCGCUGAGGGCGAGGGGCGCUCGGGACCGCCGAGGCAGGGGCGUGUCGAGCUCCUGCCCCUGCCCGGGGCGCCGAGAUGCGUGUGCUCCACCUGCCAGUUGUGCACGAGGGGACGCGGAGCCGACCCCACGUGCAACCGCGUGCCCUCAGCCCCAAGAGCGCAGGGUCCGAGGUCUGGGGGCACCGGCGUGCAGAGGGGAGCCGCGAUCGACGUCCGUGCACACGGGGACCCACGCACUUACACACAGGGACACGCGUGCUCCCAAGACCCCGCCCAGCGGAGCAGUGCAGGCCGGCCUCUCAGCGUCCAGUCCCCAGGCUUCUGAGGAGCACCUGCCAGAGACACAAGAUCACAGCUCGAGGGCUUUCAGCCCCACCUUGAGGGAGGCUGGGGCCCACAGGUGGCCCUCCAGCUGCUUCCAGAAGGAUCUUCCUGAAACACAGAUUGAGCAGGUCCGUCCUCUGUGGGCUCCACACGCCUCCUGGCACAGGGCUCCCGCUCCUCCACGUUUAAGAGAAAUGGCUGUUGGGCGUAUGUCUGUGUUUUCUGCACCUGUGAAGACCGUCGUGAAGAUCCCUCUCUUGCUCUCCGUCAUAAACGGGCAGGUGGCUGGGCUGACUGGGGCGCACCUCCUCCCGCACGGUCUACUUUGCCUGGGAAGGGGCGGUGGGGCUGCUGCUCACACCCCCCCUGCAGCAGGGAGGAGCAGCAGAUGCUGCCUCUGUCCUGGGGCCCAAGUUCCACUGCUGAGAGACGGAGGGGCAGGAAGCACCUCCUCCCCCGCGGCCCCCGGCCCUGCGGAGUGUGAGGUGCUCACAGCGCCCCUCUCCCCGGGGGCCCCGAGUCUCCCGCCUCGGGCACGCCAGCGACACUCAUGGGAACUUUCUGUGUCUCUGUGUGACUCACUGGUCAGGCUUCUUGCUCCCUGUUUCAUCAAUUUUGAAAAUUCUUCUAAUUAAAAAGCGUCCUGUUUCA